AUGGCUCCCAAGGUUGCUAUUGUCUUUUACUCCCUCUAUGGCCACAUCGUCCAGCUGGCCGAGGCCGAGAAGAAGGGCAUUGAGUCCGCUGGCGGCAAAGUCGACAUCUUCCAGAUUGCUGAGACCCUUUCCGAGGAUGUCCUGACCAAGAUGCACGCCCCGGCCAAGAGUAGCUACCCCAUCGCGGAGCCCAAUGACCUCCUGCAGUACGAUGCCGUCCUCUUCGGUAUCCCCACUCGCUACGGCAACUUCCCCGCCCAAUGGAAGACCUUCUGGGACAAGACCGGUGGUAUCUGGGCCUCCGGUGGCUACUGGGGCAAGUAUGCCGGUCUCUUCAUCUCGACCGGUACUCCCGGUGGUGGCCAGGAGUCCACUGCCAUUUCUGCCAUGAGCACCCUUACUCACCACGGCUUCCUCUACGUCCCUCUGGGCUACAAGACCACCUUCUCCCAGCUGUCCAACCUCAGCGAGGUCCACGGUGGAAGCCCCUGGGGUGCCGGUACCUUCGCUGGUGCCGAUGGUUCCCGUCAGCCCACCGCUCUCGAGCUCGAGAUCGCUGAGGCUCAGGGCAAGGCCUUCUACGAGGCCGUCGCCAAGGUCAACCCCCAUUCCGAGUCGAAGCCCGAGGACUCGGCUCCUGCUUCUGGCGCAGCUGCUCCGACACAGAAAUCGCAACAGCCCGCUCAGCAACAGGAGGCUGGCCAGAAAUCCAAGAAAGAGAAGGACAGUGAAGGACCGUGUGGUUUGCCCAAGAAGUGUACCAUCCAGUGA